UCAGCGACUUAUAGCAUGACUGGGGGUCUGCGGCGGGCAUUCUGACACUGGGGGGAAUUGACUUGGUGUCACUGACAUCCCCAGUGACACCAAUGCAGUGAUCAGUGCUAAUAAAAAGCACUGACACUACUAAUGGCACUGGGCAGGAAGGGGUUAACAUGUGGAGAGAUCAAAGCAUUAGCUGUGUGCUGUUUCACUGUGUGCUGUGUGUGUGGUUUAUGCAGGCCAUAGACGGUUCGUUUAUCGGCCGACGAAAAAUCGGUUGUUGCUGCCAGGAGAGAGACCGGUGUGUAAACAAUACAGGUCUUUCUCCUGUCAGC